AUGGCUGCGCGAUUGCUCGCCGGCGGUUUGCUCGCCGCUGUUGUCGUCGCUGUUCAAGCAGACGCCAACAAGCAACAGCAAGCUCCCCUCAGCAAGGCCUGUCCCAACUAUGCCAGCUAUGCCAGCCUUCCACAUCGCCCGCUAAGCACCGGCAAGCUCAAGCUCCCCUUCCAAAGACCUUCUCCCGAAUGCCGAACAUUUCACUCCGAUGCCAUCGAGCAAGUCAUCCAAGACGUCACUUCGCGUAUCAAGGACGCAGACCUUGCCCGCCUCUUCGAGAACGCCUUUCCCUCGACCACUGAUACAACAGUCAAGUUCCACAGCAAGGACAAGGACCAGGGCUUCGUCCGCAUGACCGGCUUGCGAUGGGCCGAGGACGACGAAGCCUGGAAUGGACCCCAGUCCUUUGUCAUCACCGGUGACAUUAUUGCCGAGUGGCUGCGCGACUCGACAAACCAGCUGCGUCCGUACCAGGAGCUUGCGAGCAAGGACCCAGCCAUCUUCGAGCUGAUCCUCGGCGCCAUCAACACGCAGUCCGAGUACGUCAUUAAGGCGCCAUACUGCAAUGCUUUCCAGCCGCCGCCCAUUAGCGACCUGCCCGUCACGGCAAAUGGCCAGGACGACGUCGUCUACCCGGCCUACGAGCCCAGCGCCGUUUUUGAGUGCAAAUAUGAGCUCGACUCGCUCGCACACUUUCUCAAGAUUGGCAACGACUUUUACGAACACACCGGAUCCUCCGAGUUUGUUAACAAGCGAUGGCUGCUGGCAGUCGAGGCCGUCUUGUCGGUCCUGGAGGAGCAAUCGAAACCGACGUUCGACGAAGAUGGCAAUUAUGUUAGAAAUAGGUACACAUUUCAACGCACGACCAACAUAGGCACCGAAACGCUCAACUUGGCCGGCGUGGGCAACCCCCUCAACGGUGGUACCGGCCUUGUGCGAUCCGCCUUUCGUCCCAGUGACGAUGCCACCAUCCUUGGCUUCUUUAUCCCGGCAAACGCCAUGAUGUCGGUUGAACUGGGCCGCGCCGCUGCCAUGCUCAACAAGAUUGGCAAGACCACCGUUGGCGCUGAGCUCGAAAAGUGGAGCAAAACCAUGCGCGAAGGUGUCAUGGAGCACGGAAUCAUUGAGCACAAGACGUUCGGCAAAGUCUUUGCGUACGAAGUGGAUGGGUUCGGCUCAUCUAUCAUCAUGGACGAUGCAAAUUACCCGUCGUUGCUGGCUUUGCCUUUAAUGGGCUUUGUCGACGUCAAGGACCCAAUUUACCAAAAUACACGCAAGAUGCUUCUAAGCAAGAAAGGAAACCCGUAUUACCUUAGUGGUAGGAAGUUUAAGGGUAUCGGAGGCCCGCACAUCGGCUUGAAGAAUGCCUGGCCCAUGAGCUUGCUGGUUCAAGCCCAGACUUCUGACGAUGACGAAGAGAUCAUGGAGUGCGUCAACAUGGUUCUCGGCGCCUCCCUCAAAGGCCUCGUCCACGAAAGUAUUGAUGUUAAUUACGUUGCCUCAUUUACGCGCAGCUGGUUUGCUUGGGCCAACGGUGUCUUUGCCGUGACCAUUCUUGACCUGGCCCAGCGCAAACCACACCUCAUAUUUGGGGCCGGCGCAGAGCCCUACUACAUUGGCGGCGGUGGAGGGAAAGUAUAA